CGGAUCCUGAGGAACAUGGAGGCCUCGCUGACAGCGAGGGACCGAGUGGGCAUCCAGGACUUUGUUCUCCUGGACGCCUACACCAGCGAGAGCGCCUUCCUGGACAACCUCAGGAAACGCUUCCACGAGAAUCUCAUUUAUACCUACAUUGGGACUCUCUUGGUUUCAGUCAACCCGUAUAAAGACUUAGACAUCUACAGUAAGAAGCAAAUGGAUACCUACAUGGGCGUUAAUUUCUUUGAGCUGCCACCGCAUAUCUAUGCUCUGGCUGAUAACGUCUUUCGAACCAUGCAGUCCGAGUUCAACAACCACUUCAUCCUGAUCUCAGGGGAGAGCGGGUCUGGAAAGACGGAAGCAUCCAAGAAAAUCCUGCAGUUCUAUGCUGUCAGCUGUCCCAGUACAAAACUCCUGAACAACGUUCGAGACAGACUGCUUCUCUCCAACCCAGUGCUUGAAGCUUUUGGAAAUGCCAAAACCCUGAGGAACGACAACUCCAGCCGGUUUGGGAAAUACAUGGACAUCCAGUUUGACCACCAGGGUGGUGCUGUUGGUGGCCACAUUCUCAGUUACCUGCUGGAAAAGUCCCGAGUGGUCCACCAGAACCACGGGGAAAGAAACUUCCAUAUCUUCUACCAGCUGGUGGAGGGAGGAGAGGAGGAUCUGCUCCGGUGGCUCGGCCUAGAGCGAAACUGCAAGCACUACAGUUACCUGGUGCAGGGAGAUUGUGCCAAAGUGAGCUCCAUCAACGAUAAAAGUGACUGGAAGACGGUGCGGAAAGCCCUUUCUGUCAUAGAGUUCAGUGAGAGCGACAUUGAGCACCUGUUUGGAAUCAUUGCCAGCGUCCUCCACAUGGGAAACAUCAAGUUUGACACAGAUUCUCGAGGAUACGCCGCUCUCAGCAAUAACCAGGAGAUGCACUGGGUGUCAAAGUUGUUGGGAAUUCCUAAUCAGGUGCUGCAGCAUGGCUUAACCCACAGGAAGAUUGAAGCCAAAACAGAGGAGGUGUUCAGCCCCUUCUCUGUGGACCAUGCAGUAUUUGCCAGGGACGCUCUUGCCAAAGCCAUCUAUGGCCGAACCUUCAACUGGCUCGUCAGCAAGAUCAACGAGUCGCUAGCUAACAAGGAUUCAUCAAGGAAGACGGUGAUUGGCCUGCUGGACAUCUACGGGUUUGAGGUUUUCAGUGUGAACAGUUUUGAACAGUUUUGCAUCAACUACUGCAACGAGAAACUGCAGCAGCUUUUCAUCCAGCUGACCCUCAAGUCAGAGCAGGAGGAGUACGAGGUGGAAGGGAUCGAAUGGGAACCUGUGCCAUAUUUCAACAACAAGAUAAUCUGUGACCUGGUGGAGGAGAAAUUCAGAGGAAUCAUCUCUUUACUGGAUGAAGAAUGUUUACGCCCCGGAGAGGCCACAGACCUCACUUUCCUGGAGAAGAUGGAAGAAAAGAUGGGUGGUCACCCGCAUUUUGUCACACAUAAACUUGCAGACCAAAAAACGAGGAAAACACUGGAACGAGGAGACUUUCGGCUUCUGCACUACGCUGGAGAGGUCACGUACUGUGUCGUUGGAUUUUUGGAUAAAAACAAUGAUCUCUUGUAUCGAUAUGGGAAAGAGGUCAUGCGGCAGUCGAAGAACGCCAUCAUCAGACACUGCUUUCCUUACAGUGAACCGGAUACCAAGAAGAGACCUGAGACUGUGGUCACUCAGUUUAAGAACAGCCUGCUGGGUCUGGCAGAGAUCCUGAUGUCCAAAGAGCCGUGGUACGUCCGCUGCAUUAAACCCAAUGAAGCCAAACAGCCAGCCCACUUUGACGAUGUGCUGGUGAGACACCAGAUGAAGUACCUGGGACUCAUGGAGCACCUGAGGGUCCGACGCGCCGGGUUCGCUUACCGCCGCAAAUAUGACAUCUUCCUCCAGAGGUACAAACCUUUGUGUCCGGACACCUGGCCCAACUGGAAGGGCACCGCGGCAGAAGGUGUUCAACGCCUGGUCAAACACCUGGGCUACAAAUCUGAUGAGUACAAGAUGGGCAGAACUAAAAUUUUCAUCCGUCACCCCAGAACUUUGUUUGCAACAGAAGAUUCCUUGCAGGUCUGCAAACAUCAGCUGGCAACACGGAUUCAGGCCAAGUACAAAGGCUACAGGAUGAAAGAAGACUACCUGAAGCAGAGAGAAGCCGCCACAAAGAUUGAGAACUGCUGGAGAGGGUUGUUGGCGAGGAAGGAGCGUGAGAGGAGGGCCUGGGCCGUCAAGGUCAUCAAGAAGUUCAUUAAAGGCUUCAUGACUCGACAUCAGCCUGCCUGCGUCGACAACAGCGAGUAUCUGGCCUACGUGAGGCAGAACUACCUGACGCGGCUGAAGGACAACCUUCCCAAAACAGUCCUGGAGAAGGAUCGUUGGCUCACGCCGCCUCCGAUAAUGCUCGAGGUUUCCCAGAUCUUAAAGAAGAUCUACAUUCGCCACAUGGUGCGGCAGUACGUCAGAGGAAUCACUCCCCAAAGGAAAGCACAGCUGUUGCUUAAAGUGCAGACGAGCUCCAUGUUCAAAGGAAAGAAAGAGAACUACCCCUUCAGUGUGUGCAGACCGUUUGUGGACACGAGGAUCAGUCCUGGAGACAUAAACAUCAAGAUCCUGCAGAUCAUUCAGCGUGAGCACAUUAAGUACAGUGUGCCGGUGGUGAAGUACGACAGGAACGGCUUCAGGCCUCGUGUCCGGCAGCUCAUCUUCACCCAGGAAGCUGCCUACCUGACUGAAGAAGCCAAAAUCAAGCAGCGGAUAGAUUACAGCUCCCUCAAAGGUGUAUCUGUCAGCAACCUAAGUGACAACUUUCUGAUCCUUCAUGUUCUGUGCGAUGAUAUCAAGAAAAAGGGGGACCUGGUGCUGCAGUGUGAGUACCUGUUUGAAGCCUUGACGAAGCUGAGCGUCAUCGCAAACAAGCAAAACUCCAUCAGUGUGGUUCAGGGCAGUGUGCGUUUUGACAUCCAGCCUGGCAGAGAGGGGUUUGUGGACUUCAAGAGCGGCCAGGAGUCCAUGGUUUACCGGGCCAAGAACGGCCACCUGAUGGUGGAAUCUACAAGAACAAAGUCAAGAUGA